AUGUCCACCGUUGUCGAAGCCGAGCGACUGUUCAAGAACAAGCAGAGCGGACAGGCCGAGAAUGUCCUGAUGAGUAUCAUCUCACAAGCAGCUGAUACCAAGGAUGACAGUAUCUUACGAGAAAAAGAAUUGGCUUUGAUUAGAUUGGGGCAAUACUAUCGAGAUUCAAAGAACCCCGAAGGAUUGGCCGCGGCCAUCAGAUCCUGCCGAUCAUUCAUGUCGGCGAUCGCAAAAGCCAAGACUGCAAAGCUAGUCAAGACCCUGAUCGACUUUUACUCUCAAGCGCCACUCAACGAACACCCCAGUUCCUCACAAACUCAAAUCGUCAUCACCAGGGAAAAUGUCGAGUGGGCUCGCACCGAAAAACGUGUUUUCCUUCGUCAGAAUCUCGAAAUCAAACUCUGCAGUCUUCUGUUUGAGUACCAACAGACUAAAGAGGCACUUGCCUUGAUCGCUAACCUCUUGAAAGAACUCAAAAAACUGGAUGACAAGAUGAUUCUCACUGAAGUCCACCUACUCGAAAGCAGAAUCAGACAUGCUCUCUCGGAUCCACCAAAGGCUAAGGCGGCUUUGAUUUCUGCUAGAACAGCCGCCAAUUCAAUUUACUGUCCACCCCUGCUUCAGGCACAGUUGGAUAUGCAGUCAGGUGUUUUGCACGCAGAAGAGAAGGAUUACAAGACGGCCUAUUCAUACUUUUUCGAAGCGCUCGAGGGGUUGGCGACUCAAGACGACCCACGAGCCUCUUUAGCAUUGAAGUGCAUGUUGAUGUGCAAAGUGAUGCUGAAUUUGCCCGAAGAUGUGUCAAGUAUCCAAGGCUCCAAACUCGCUCGAAAGUAUGCAGGCCGAGGGACCGAGGCCAUGCAGGCAAUCGCCAAGGCCCAUGAGAAUAGGAGUCUGGCCGAUUUUGAAGAAGCUUUGAAGGUAUAUAAAGCCGAAUUGUCGGAUGACCCGAUCGUUCGCAACCAUCUGGCCGCCCUGUAUGAUACACUCCUCGAACAGAACCUAAUACGAAUCAUUGAACCCUAUUCAAGAAUCGAGUUAAGUUACGUCGCUGAACAAGUCAAGCUACCGUUGCGAGACGUCGAGGCGAAAUUAUCGCAAAUGAUACUCGACAAGGUUUUUGCAGGAAUCUUGGACCAGGGCGAAGGCUGCUUAGAAAUCUUUGAAGAGGUUAAAAAUGAAAAGAUGUAUGAUUACUCUCUAGACACUUUCAAACAGAUUGGUAGCGUCGUCGAAUCCUUGUACGCUAAGGCUCAGAAGCUAGGCCGGUAG